UUGAUGCGCAAGUUCACCUAAAACACAAACAAAAGUAUCUGCUUGACCUUUACAACAAUUUAGAGGUCAUAACUGUCUCAGAUCGUCGAUGUGCUUUCACGCCGAAUAAACUCCUCACAGAUAUUAAAAGUUGAAAUUUCUUCGAAAAUGCUUACCGUCGACAACAGAAGGGCCAAGGGCCACCAGCGCCAACCCUCGGACUCUCAAUCUUUUCGUGAAAAAACGAAACGCGAUGCUGAGAUCGAUCUCGCCUCGGAACUCAGUCGACUCGAGGCAACUGCCGAUCCUGAAAUUCGCGACACCGUCAAAGCCGAAUUCGAUGGAUUCACUAAAUUAUUCAAGAGGUUCCUCCAGGACCAGGGUCCCUCGGUCGAGUGGGAACGCAUCCAAAAACUGCCGGACACCGCGAUCCGAGAAUAUCAAUCGCUCGAGGAACCCUCCGCCGAAGCGGUCAAAACGAUGCUAAACAAACUGAUUGUCGUAAAACUCAACGGUGGACUUGGAACGAGUAUGGGCUGCCACGGGCCAAAAUCAGUCAUUACCGUUAGAAAUGAUUUCACAUUUUUGGAUCUAACGGUUCAGCAGAUCGAGUAUUUAAAUAGCACGUACAAAGCUGAUGUUCCACUGAUUCUGAUGAACUCUUUCAAUACCGAUGCCGAGACGAAACAAAUAAUUAGAAAAUACAAGGGAAUCGAUGUCAAAAUUCAUACGUUCAAUCAAAGUUGUUACCCACGAAUAAGCAGAGAGUCCUUCCUGCCGAUACCAAAAAAUUGCGACGUCGACGAGGAUCCAGAUGCAUGGUACCCGCCGGGACACGGAGACUUUUAUGAGAGUUUCAACAAUUGUGGGUUGUUGAAAAAGUUUAUCGAUGAGGGCCGCGAGUACUGUUUCAUUUCGAAUAUCGAUAACUUGGGAGCGACCGUUGAUCUGAAAAUAUUAAAUACGAUCAUGACUGCUCGUCAAUCCAGUCCUCUCGAGUUCGUUAUGGAAGUCACGGACAAAACGAAGGCUGAUGUUAAGGGUGGAACUCUCAUGCAAUACGAAAACAAACUGCGUCUUUUGGAAAUAGCGCAAGUCCCUAAGGAACACGUUGACGACUUCCAAUCUGUUAAAACAUUCAAAUUCUUCAACACGAACAACUUGUGGGUCAAAUUGGACGCCAUCCAACGAUUACUCCAAGAAAAAUCGUUGGAGUUGGAAAUAAUUGUAAAUCCGAAAACUUGCGAGAACGGUGCCAACGUUAUUCAACUGGAAACUGCGGUGGGAGCAGCCAUGAAACUUUUCGAUGGAAGUUUAGGAAUAAACGUACCACGAAGCAGAUUUUUGCCUGUCAAGAAAACGUCCGAUUUGUUGCUGGUUAUGAGUAAUUUAUACAAUCUGAAAUCUGGUUCGUUACUGAUGAGUCCUAAUCGAAUGUUCCCAACAACUCCUCUCAUCAAACUGGGCGAAAAUCAUUUUUCAAAGGUGGAAGAUUUUCUGCGACGUUUCGGAACGAUCCCGGAUGUGCUUGAGCUCGAUCAUUUAACGGUGUCAGGUGAUGUUACGUUUGGGCGUGGUGUAUCACUCAAGGGUACGGUUAUCAUAAUUGCAAACCACGGAGACCGUAUAGAUCUCCCAUCGGGAAGUACAUUGGAAAAUAAAAUCGUAUCCGGAAAUUUGCGUAUACUGAGCCACUAGAGAAACAUCACUGAGUGUAAAAAAAGCAAAAAACAUCAAGUACCCGAAACAUAAACCCGUUUUAUAUUGGCUUUAUCGUGCCGAAAACUGUAUCGGUAGAUAACGAAACACCAGAAUCAAGAUUGUAAAUGCGCCCGCUACAUUUAAUUUUAAGCAACAUUUUCAAUGUUUCGUCAUUAUCAAUAAGCUCUACAGUAAUCGAGCAAAAUUUUGUAAUCGAUCGAUCGAAAUCAUGAACGUGUGACAUAAGACAAAUUUAACAAGGCUUUUCGAAUUUUGCACAUGGUGUUUUUAAUCAUUGAAUCGUCACGUCGCGCAAACAAAAAUAUGUAUUUGCAAUAUCUAUUUAAAAAAAAAUUCGUUGUAUUAAAUCAGUAGAAAUAAGCCAUUGUCAAAUUGGAUAUGACCUCGUACAAUGAUGUUUCUAUAUUUUUUUGUAGAUUAAACAAUUAUCAAGAUA